CUCUCUAUCUCUCUCUCUUUUGGGUUGAGUGACUCAGUUUGGGUCCAGUCUCCGUUUUCCGUGGUUGUUAGCCCUCACUACCUUCCACCAUUACGUCUCAAAGCAAAACGGACGUUUUAUCGCUCGCUUCUCGGACCCUCCAGAGGAAUAGAAUCGUCGCCGCAGUGGUUGGCAUCGUCAUGGUUUUGGCACUCAUCAUCGCGAUUCCCCUGCUGGUCCAAACUUCCAGAACCGAGGCGCACUACGAGAUGAUGGGCACCUGUCGGAUGAUCUGUGACCCGUAUAACCCCAAACCGAGCGCCACGGCUCUGGAGGUCAUGCAGGAGCUGAGCGCAGUCCCUUCUCCGACCUUUGUUCAAGGGACUAAAGGCGAGCCGGGUUGGCCGGGGAAUCCCGGGCCGAGGGGGCCGCCAGGCGAACCGGGGGUGCCGGGUCCGAGAGGGCCGCCGGGGGAUAGAGGAGAUUCUGAAAAGACGGGGCUUCCCAAAGCGGUGGGCACAGCGCGGACCGACACCAGUGAAGAUCUUGGCUCUGCUAUCAUCGGGGCAAAGAUAGCAUUUUAUGUGGGUCUAAAAAAUCCUCACGAGGGAUACGAAGUGUUAAGGUUCGACGACGUUGUCACAAACCUCGGGAACCAUUAUGACCCGGCAACCGGCAAGUUCACUUGCCAAGUGGCUGGGAUUUACUACUUCACCUAUCAUGUGUUGAUGCGCGGAGGAGACGGGACAAGCAUGUGGGCAGACUUAUGCAAAAACGGACAGGUUCGUGCCAGCGCAAUAGCGCAGGACGCCGACCAGAACUACGACUAUGCCAGCAACAGCGUCGUCCUGCAUCUGGACUCCGGAGACGAGAUUUAUGUCAAACUGGACGGCGGCAAAGCGCAUGGAGGAAACAACAACAAAUACAGCACAUUUUCAGGCUUCCUUUUGUACCCGGACUGAUUUGGAUAAUCGCAGCACUCUAUCCUAUAACUUUCAUGACAGAAAUAAGUUCCGUUCGAUCUAAUCAACAAUGUUGAUCAGUCGGACAAGAGGAAGAUGACCCCGUGCAACAAAGUACUGAAGUCUCAUAUUCAGACUUAAAAUGUAUCUAUUCUCUCAGACUAUAUACGUAAUAAUUAUAAUUUCACUUAUUUUCACAAGUCUUUCACAUGCUUUGCGGAUGAAUUUUAGCAGAAAUCCGCAGAUAUCUCCGGAUGGCAUGUUAAAGGACUUUCUGAAAUGGAUUGUUCUGCUUUGUAAGUGAAAUUGUUAUGAUAAAUUAAAUAAGUAAUAAUAAAUAUAAUAAGAGAGAUUGCUACAGAUGUACAACAAUUACAAGGCGGGGUUUGUCUAUAUUUGCAGUCCAGGUGUUAUAGCGUUUUUUCUCUGUGCAUUUUGUGGAGUGAUGGUUAUUCAUUGACCUGAAGAGGGAUCCCCCUCCCCAUACAGAGGAGAUUGCUGUGUGACAUGAUGCAAAUUAUGCUUGAAAGUGUGUUUCACAAAGAUAGUCCAUACAUGUGUACUGUAUGCACUUCAACGAACCUAUAUAAGCUGUACCCUAAAUUUAACUGUCCAUACAGUGUUGCAGAAAUGUUUCCUAUAUGUCUGUAUUCCAGUAUACACAUUGGUCAAUAAUUUCAAUAAAUUAUUAUGUUUUCUAAGUU